AUGGCGCCGGCAGUAUACCCCGAUCAGCUCUGCCCCCAGCACGGCGGCCGCUACCAUCAUGUAGCUUUGGCAUCGGCAGCUGUGCAGGUCUCCAAGGGCGGCGGCAACGCUCUAGCACCACCACGGUUCGAAACCAGAGAGCAGAGAGACGCUUGUUUCUCGAGAACGAUCGGGGCUGUUCUCAAAGCAAUAUAUGGCUUUACGAGGAUUUACGAUUCAUCAGCUAUCAACGCAAUGCGAGCCACGGCCAACGCCCUCCACUCAGCCAUGCCCAACCCCCCCGAAUAUGGAGGCCAAAUGCAGUACGGGGACCCGUAUGGGCAGUCUAGCUCUGGCUCGUACACAGAUCAAGUCUUUCCGGGCCAACAGACGCUGGCGAACGCUGCAAUAUUUGGACACAACUUCCAGGGCCCACUGAGCGCGCAGGCCGCCGAGAGCUUAGAAAUGUGGUUCGGGCCUGGCAGUCGGCAGCCCAGCGACCGGACACGUCAGUACGGAGGUACUGAUCCCUCGUAUUCAGUGAAUACAAACACCAAUUUCAACCCCAGCCCCUAUUCGUCUACACCCUCGUAUUCAAUGAAUGCAAUCGCCAACCCCAUUUCGCCUGUGGUCGGCUCAGGCCUGGCAGGGUACGACGGGAGUUCGCACCUUGGGUAUUCAGUAAAUCCUUAUCUGGCAGGCCCAAGUUUAGCCACGACGCAGUACGAGUAUCCGGGUGGUCUCCAGGCUCCCGCAGCAGAACAGAGUUCUUCCGAGGAGCACCGACGAGACGACGACACUAGUGCUGUGUCAGACAUGGCGUGGCAGACUCAGAGCUCCAGUAUUUUCUUUUCACAAUCAGGGGCGAUGAAGCAGAAGAAGCAGAAGAAGCAGAAGAAGCAGAAGAAGGAGAAGAAGGGAGGGCGCGCUAGAUGA